AUGGCUAUAACUUCCUUAAUCCUCGGCCUGGUGGCCAUCGGUCUCUUCUACAAGUUCAUGACAUGGAACUUUGAUUACUGGAUCAAGCGAAAAGUGCCGGGUCCUUCGCCCAAAGUCCUUUCGAUAUUUACGAAUUUUUCAAUGUUUAAAAGACAUCCUUUGUAUGGUCUGAUUAAUGUGUACAAUCAGUACAAGGAAAAAUACGAUGCGGUGGGUCUUUUCGGUGGUCGACUUCCGCAAUUGCUGAUAAUAAAUCCAGAACUGGCUCGUCGUGUUUUUGUGGCUGAUUUCCGGAGCUUUCAUGACAACGAGGUGGCCAAAUUUUUGGACGAAAAAUCGGACUAUAUAUUCGCCAAUAAUCCUUUUUCCCUGACUGGAAAAGAUUGGAAGGACCGUCGGGCGGAGGUUACUCCUGGCCUCACAAUGGGAAGGAUAAAAACAGUGUAUCCUGUCACAAAUAAUGUUUGCCAAAAAAUGAGUGAAUGGAUCACCAAGCAGAUACGUCUUGGAUCCUCGGGAACUAAUGGAGUUGAUGCCAAGGAUUUAAGUCUUCGUUUUACCUCCGAAAUGGUUACCGAUUCUGUUUUGGGCCUCAGCGCCGAAAGCUUCUCGGACAGCCCCACACCGGUCAUGUCCUACAUCAAGGAAAUGUUUGUGCAGCCUUGGUCCUUUAUACGAUCCUCCAUGCUGGUCAGCUCCUUUCCCCUGCUGAGCCACCUGAUCAAAGUCUCCUUUGUCCCGAGGCACGUGGAGCAGUUUUUCCAAGGGCUGAUGGCCAGAGCGAUAGAGGCACGUCGAUCUCAAAUGGCCGAUGAUAAGAAGUUCCAGCGGACGGACUUGCUCGAGUACAUCAUGCAGCUGGCCGAGAAGAAGGACCUGGACACCCGACAGCUUCUGACCCGCAUGAUGUCCUUUCUGCUCGGUGGCAUAGAGACGACGGGUGGGGUACUGGCCCACAUGUUGCUGCUCCUGGGGCGCCAUCAGGAGGCACAGCAGCGCCUGCGAGAGGAGAUUCUACCGCGUCUGCGGAAAGGCAUCAUUCCCUUUGACGAGAUCAACAACUUGCAAUUUUUAGAUGCCUGUAUGCAGGAAUCUAUUCGCCUUUUUCCGCCCUCCUCCACCUCCAGCAGGCUCUGCACCGAGACCAUUGAGUUGCCCAACAAGGAUGGCCCCAACUUUGUGGUAGACAAGGGCACCACCGUCAUUGUGCCCCUUUAUUGCUUUAUGCAGGACGAGGACUACUUCCCAGAUCCACAGGCUUUUAAGCCGGAUCGCUUCAUGGAGCCGGAUGCCGCCAAAAAGUAUCGGGAAAGUGGUGUUUUUAUGGGGUUCGCAGAUGGUCCUCGAAUCUGUAUUGGCAUGCGUUUCGCGACAGUUCAGGUAAAGGCAGCCAUUGUGGAGAUCCUCUCCAAUUUCAAUGUCCGAGUCAAUCCCAAGACCCGCAAGGAUAACGAAUUCGAGCCCAUCGGAGUCCUUACAGACCUGCGAGGAGGCGUGUGGCUUGAUUUUGAAAAGCUGCAUUGA